GUUUCAGCCAUCCCUCACACCCGCCCCAUCCCCCCCGCCCCGAACCCAACACCCCCAGCCGGAGGGAAGCCUUUCUCGGUCGAAGAUGGACUUGUGGCCCUGCGGCGUUGGGUUGGCAGCUAAGCUGCCACUAUUGUUUCUCUUCAUCAUCUGUGCUACCACUGGCUCUGUUCGAACUAAAAUCCACUAUCAAAAAUGGGAUGUGGCAUACCAGUUCAAGUCCCCAGAUUGCUUCAAGAAGUUGGCAAUCACCAUCAAUGGGAGAACACCUGGCCCCACCAUCAUUGCCGAGCAGGGAGACACUGUGGUCAUCGAUGUCAAGAACGCGUUGUUCACCGAGAACUUGGCCAUUCACUGGCAUGGGAUUAGGCAGAUUGGCACUCCAUGGUUUGAUGGCACAGAGGGUGUGACACAGUGUCCGAUUGUGCCCAGGGAUACUUUUACUUACAGAUUUGUUGUUGAUCGACUGGGGACUUAUAUGUACCAUGCACACUAUGAGAUGCAAAGGUCUGCUGGACUCUACGGUCUUAUUCGAGUUUUGCCCCCGGCCGGUAUGGUCGAGCCAUUCAUCUAUGACUAUGACCGGAGCAUCAUCCUUAAUGACUGGUGGCACCAGAGCACCUAUGAACUGGCUGUUGGUCUGAACUCUAAAAACUUCAGUUGGGUUGGAGAGCCUCAGUCACUUUUAAUCAAUGGAAGAGGAAAAUUCAAUUGCUCCAAUAUAGAAAGCGACAUCUGCAAUGCAACUAAUAUGGAGUGCUCGCCUUAUGUGUUAACAGUCAUCCCGAGCAAAAUAUAUCGUCUUCGCAUAGCAAGCAUCACUUCUCUUUCAGCUCUAAAUUUUGAAAUUGAGGGGCAUAAUUUGACUAUUGUCGAAGCCGAUGGUCACUAUGUAAAGCCCUUCGUAGUGAAGAACCUGAAUAUCUACUCAGGCGAGACCUAUUCUGUACUUUUCAAGGCCGACCAAGAUCCCUCCCACAACUAUUGGGUUGCUAUUAAUGUGGUUAGCCGGAAACCGAGCACUCCCACUGGCACCGCCAUCCUCAAUUACUAUCCAAACCAUCCUAGAAGGCUCCCUCCAACCAUCCCGCCAACUGGUCCGCUUUGGAAUGACACCAUGUACAGAUUCAAUCAAAGUGUCGCCAUACGAUCGCAUCCUGAUUACAUCCAGCCUCCUCCGAUGACCUCCGACCGCAUGAUCAUAUUGCUGAACACCCAAAAUUUGGUUGAUGGCUAUGUUAAGUGGGCUGUCAAUAAUGUAUCAUUGAAUUUACCCGAUACACCAUACCUCAUUGCUAUCAAGGACAGAAUGCUUCAUGCCUUCGAUCAAAAACCAGCACCAGAGACUUACGACUACAAGAAUUACGAUAUUGAUGUGGUUCAGAAGAAUCUAAAUGCAAUGGCAAGCACUUCGAUCUAUCGGUUGGCAUUCAAUUCGACGGUGGAUGUGAUCUUGCAGAAUGCAAACACGAAGAACGUGAACAAUAGCGAGACACACCCAUGGCAUCUGCAUGGGCAUGACUUCUGGGUGUUGGGCUACGGAAUGGGGAAGUUCGAUCCAGAGACUGAUCCAAAGAGGUACAAUUUGGUGGACCCAAUUAGGAAGAAUACGGUGGCAUUGCACCCCUAUGGAUGGACGGCUCUAAGGUUCCAGGCUGAUAACCCUGGAGUGUGGGCUUUCCAUUGUCACAUUGAGUCCCACUUCUUCAUGGGCAUGGGGGUUGUGUUCGAAGAAGGUGUGAACAGGCUUGGGAAGCUGCCCACAGCCAUCAUGGGCUGUGGUGAUUCCAAGCAUGUAAAGCCUUAAGGGCUUAUUAUUAUUAUGAUCAUUUUUGUGUGUGUGUGUUGUUGGGGGGGUGUGGUGGUGUGGGGGGGUGUGUUGGGUGCUUAAGUUAGUUGAUGUAGGCUAACUACAUUUUAGUUGUAAAUAUGGAUGUAGACUACUAGGCAAUGGAUAAUUCCUUGGGAUGUGAUGAUAGAAAGGAUGAUGAUUUGGUUCCAUGAAGUAUAUAUCGAUCAUUUCCAAAUAUAAAAUAUAAUGUAAUUUAGAGUUCGAUAGAAAUUAGAUUUAUUCUUUAGGUGUCGAUUGAUGCGCUUCACAUGGGUGGUCUUUGCUGUGGAUAAGCCGAAAUAGAUGCUUCAGAGAGUUUUCAGUUGUCUAUAAAUUUGCUUUAUGUUAUUACCUAGCUUUUUUGGUCUAUGUGCGUUCUGUCUCUACUUUCAAGUUGGUCGGUUGUUUUAAAUGUACCUAUAUUGUACAUGAAAGGAAUGAUUGUAUAGAGAGGAU